UCUGAUGCGACUCACAACAAUUGGUCCCACCUAAAAUAUUCUCAACUUUUCUUUCUUAAACCCUUGAAAAGCUUCUUUUCCUCCUCCUUCUGUCUCUCCGCAUAUAUUCGUUUUUUCCGAGCACAGCGCCACCGUACGCCGCCGUCGCAGCCAUGAACACCAUGAACAUCUCAACCCUGAGGAUCGACUCCAACCCAAUCACCACCUCGACGAAGUCAACUCACCGGAGUGGGGCUCUCGGUUACAGUGGGAGCUACAGCUGUAGGCUCCUUCAGCUUCAGAAAAAGAAUAAGGCUCCUUCAAUUAUUGUUUGUUCAACAAAGCCGCUUGCUUCGGUAGUGGAGCAUCAGGGAGUCAGCGACUCGGGGUUGACUCGAAUUGAGUCACUGAGUCAGGUAUCUGGCGUCUUGGGUUGCCAAUGGGGCGAUGAAGGAAAAGGAAAGCUAGUUGAUAUUUUGGCUAAACAUUUCGAUAUUGUUGCUCGUUGUCAGGGGGGAGCCAAUGCUGGGCACACUAUUUACAAUUCCGAGGGGAAGAAGUUUGCUCUGCACCUUGUCCCUUCAGGGAUUCUCAAUGAGGAAACGGUAUGUGUUAUUGGUAGCGGAGUCGUGGUGCAUCUACCAGGACUAUUUAAAGAAAUUGAUAAUCUUGAAUCUAAUGGAGUCUCUUGCCAAGGAAGGAUCUUGGUGUCUGAUCGUGCUCACUUGUUAUUUGAUUUUCACCAAGAAGUAGAUGGGCUUAGAGAAGCUGAGCUAGCUAAAUCCUUUAUUGGCACUACCAAGAGAGGCAUCGGGCCUUGCUAUUCAAGCAAGGUUAUUCGAAAUGGUAUAAGGGUAAGUGAUCUAAGGCAUAUGGAUACAUUCCCCCAGCAGCUUGAUCUUUUACUAUCAGAUGCAGCUUCAAGGUUCCAAGGCUUUAACUAUGGCCCUGACAUGCUCAAGGAAGAAGUGGAACGCUACAAGAAAUUUGCUGAGAGGUUGGAACCCUUUAUUACAGAUACUGUGCACUUUAUGAAUGAUGCUAUAUCUCAGAAAAAGAAGAUUUUGGUUGAAGGGGGUCAGGCAACAAUGUUGGAUAUCGAUUUUGGAACAUACCCUUUUGUGACUUCAUCGAGUCCAUCAGCUGGUGGAAUCUGCACAGGUCUUGGCAUUGCUCCUAGAGUUGUCGGUGAUCUUGUUGGUGUGGUUAAGGCAUAUACCACAAGAGUUGGUUCUGGUCCAUUCCCAACAGAAAUUAUGGGCAAAGGUGGUGACCUUCUUCGUUUUGCUGGGCAGGAGUUUGGCACAACUACUGGACGCCCACGUCGCUGUGGUUGGCUAGACAUAGUUGCACUGAGAUUCUGCUGUCAGAUAAAUGGAUUUGCUUCUCUAAACCUAACAAAACUAGAUGUUCUGUCAGAUCUAUCAGAAAUUCAGUUGGGUGUUACUUACAGGCAUCCUGAUGGUUCAACAUUAAACUCUUUUCCUUCUGAUCUUCGUCUUCUUGAGCAAAUAAAGGUGGAAUAUGAAGUUAUGCCCGGGUGGCAAAGUGAUAUUUCUUCUGUCAGAAAGUAUUCGGACUUGCCCAAGGCUGCACGUGAAUAUGUAGAAAGGAUAGAGGAGCUUGUUGGGGUACCUGUCCAUUACAUUGGUGUUGGGCCUGGUCGUGAUGCCCUUAUCUACAAGUGAUUUUAGAUUUUUUUUUGUCAUACUGUUGUAACCCUAUUCUUCGAAUUGCUGGUAAACCUUAGGCUAAGCUUGUAGUAACAUCAAGGAUUAUCAAUCUGAUGUUAUUGCCUAAUAGUAAACUAGAUAUCAUUCCACCCCCUUUUUUUGCCCUUUCGGCAUUUUGUUGAACCUCGGUAGGAAAAAUCAGGCAAGAAUUGAAUUGGCACCGGGUUGCUUGGGUUUCAUGCCUCCCCAAAUAAGAGGAUUAACUGCAAGUCUGCAAUGAUGAAAAAGAUUGUAAUUUCAGUUGGAUGCAACAGCUCUGUGCUUAUAUGGCCGAGUUCCAUUUUAGCUUCAACUCUGUGUGUUGCUGCAUAUUCCAGUACUGUAACUUAUUAAAUUCAUGAAAGUUGAGCUUUCUUUCCUCUUCUUGUUCUCUAUGUUGACGAACAUCACUUAGUCAA